UGUGCAAAUAGGACAGGGCUUUGAAACUCUUUGCUGUUGCAUGAAUCAGAUUGCAAUGACCUGCAUAAAGAUCUGAUAUCUACCUGAGAAAAUGUUCCAGAUCCUCACAAUACUAUUGCUGGAAACACAGCUCUUCAUGGUUUCAGCUUUAUUUACCGUUGAAGUUCCUCAACAGCUCUACAUUGCAGAGUAUGGGAGGAAUGUGACCAUGGAAUGCAAAUUCCCUGUGAAUGGCUCAGUGGAUCUAGGACUCCUGACUGUUGUUUGGGAGCAGAAAAGGCAGGGCUGGUUGAAAUCGAAGGAGGUGUACACAUUCCGCAAUGGCAAGGCACUCCACCAAUCCCAACAUCCUGAUUACAUAGGAAGAGCGUCACUUCUGCACAGUGAACUGAAGUUGGGACGAGCCAUACUUCAGAUCACCAACGUGAAGAUAACAGAUGCAGGCUCGUACCUUUGUCUCAUUGCCUACAAGGGCGUGGACUACAAGUACAUUGCUUUGGAAGUAAAAGCAUCUUACAAGAGAAUAAACACUCAAGUAAUGAGAAUACCAGGUGAAGACAAGUUUGUUUUUAUGUGCCAGUCAGAAGGCUUUCCCCUGGCAGAGGUUUUCUGGCAAAAUGACAACUUCAAUCUCAGUGGACCAGCAAAUACCACCUAUACACUGACUGCAGAUGGCCUCUACAAUGUCACCAGCAUCCUGACAUUCAAACCAAAUACAAGUGAGAACUACACCUGUGUCUUCUGGAAUAAAGAACUGAAUGGAGAAACUUCAGCACACAUUUCCACUUUAGCUUUAAUGAGUACACAGUAUAGUGGACAAAAAUUCCUAAUCUCUUUAAUCAUUCUCACAUGCGUGACUGUAGCUGUCCUUCUCUCUGCACUAAUAAUAUUUCAGAAGAGAAAAUCGUUCAAGAAUGAGCAACCCAAAAAAGACAGGAAAAGAAAACUGAACCCUAAUGCAAAGGAUAACAGGGAUGAUUUUAACUCUCAGUCUGAGGCUUUAUACUUGUCAACUGUCACAGCUUCAAGAGACAGUGGGAGUGUGGGCCUGUGAAAAUUCUUCGCCUUACAUGCCAUAAUUUGCACUUUUUCUAUCUGUUUUUGGGGACUUCAGAAGAAAAUUACAGCACUUUAGCCUUGGGAUUAAACAGUGAGCUCAUGGGGAUGUAUUUGCACUGCAGUGAUGGAAAGCUAUGCCUCCUCAGAUACCACAUCUUCUUGAAGUUACUGGGAACUACUCUGUCAUGAAAUGUGGUUUACCACUGUGGAGAGGUCAUCUGAGUGCCUUUGACACACUUUACUUUUGGACUUACUGUUGUUUAAGGGAUUUUUAUUUAAGAAUGCCUUUAUUAACUGUUCCUGUCUCAGGAACAGUGCUUGGAUUGAAACAUGUGUAAUUUGAAUAAAAUCUGUAAAUACUA